CCUGUCCUUGAUCAAGGUCGGGCUUUAGAAGAAGCCCUUGGUGUAGUUAAAGUCCAAUCUUAUCAUAUGCGAAGAUGUCUAAACACCAACAAACUCAUGGAUGCUCUCAAACAUGCUUCAACUAUGCUGGCUGAACUACGCACUUCUGUUCUCACUCCAAAAUACUACUACGAGCUAUACAUGGCCAUAUUUGAUGAAAUUAGACAUUUGUCAACUUAUCUUUACGAAACGCAUGUAUCGGGUCGUCACCAUCUGUCAGAUCUGUACGAACUGGUGCAGUAUGCUGCAAAUAUAAUCCCAAGACUCUAUCUCAUGAUCACUGUGGGUGCCGUCUAUAUGCGAAAACCUGAAGAACAAGACAUUCCUCCUAUUAAAGAACUCAUGCGAGAUAUGCUUGACAUGACUCGCGGCGUUCAGCAUCCAACUCGUGGUCUGUUUCUGCGUUAUUAUCUCAGCGGACUCACUCGCGACUUUCUUCCUGAUGGAUCCGACCAGCAUGUAUCCCCUCAUGGUGGCAUCGAUGACUCGAUUCAUUUUGUUCUUCAAAACUUUAUUGAGAUGAAUAAACUGUGGGUGCGUUUACAGCAUCAAGGGCAUUCGCGCGAUAGAGAAAAACGUGAGAUUGAACGCAAGGAGCUUCGACUGCUUGUUGGAUCAAACCUUGUUCGUCUGAGCCAGCUGGAAGAUCUGAGUCUUGCCAUGUAUCAAGGAAAUAUCAUGCCUCAACUUCUUGAGGAAAUUGUCAGCUGUCGGGACGUAAUUGCUCAGGAAUAUUUGAUGGAGGUUGUUAUUCAAGUAUUUCCUGACGACUUUCAUCUAAGAUGUCUGGAUAUGUUCUUGUCUGCUACCGCCAGGUUGCAGCGCACUGUGAAUGUAAAACAGAUUGUGAUUAGUCUGAUUGAUCGUUUUUCUGGAUAUGCUGCCCGUGCUCGGGAAGAAGCUACUGGUGCAAAAGAUGCUCAAACAAUCAGUGGUAUCCCUGAUGAUGUAAAACUGUUUGAUGUGUUUUGGACACAGAUUACCGAACUGAUCAAAGCAAGACCCGAGUUCACCCUGCAAGAUACCAUCGCAUUGUUGGUUUCUCUCGCUAACCUAUCGCUCAAUUGUUACCCUGAUGAAUUGGGUCACAUUGACAAGGUUCUUGGAAUUGCCAAAACAAAGGUCCAGGAAGCUCUGUUGGUUGAUGAAUUAACCCUGACAGAUUCAAAAACUAAAUCAUUGCUGCUGCAGCUGCUCCUGGGGCCUGUACAAACGUACAACUCCAAUGUGCUGCGUAUCUUGGAUUUCCCUUCAAGUUCUACUCACGAUAGCGAGGAUGCAUCGGAUGCUAGCUCAUCGGGCGUAUGCUUGGGUGGAAAUUACACCAAGCUACUGUUUCUCCAACCCUAUGGCAUUCGCCGUCAAGUUGCUCAUGCCUUUGCUACACACGCUCUUCGUGCAGCUGUUCAUGAUGACUUUAAAAUCACAACAAUCGAGGGUGUCAAUUUUAUAUUGGGAGAGAUUGGCACCAUUAUGGUUCUUGAUGAAUCACGCUAUGCAUCCAAUGAGCCCGAUAUUCCUUUGGACUGGGAAGAUGCGCGCGAGGAACAAACCUACCUAGCAAAACUAAUCCACACCUUUAGAGCAGAUGACAACUCUUUAGAUCAAGAGUAUAAGCUUUUAGUGGUUGCUCGUAAUCAUUUUGGAGAGGGGGGUGAUAUUCGAAUCCGAUUCACUUUGCCUCCACUCGUGACAUGCCUAAUUAAACUUGCUCGCAAUCGAGCUCAAGAGCAUUUUAGCGACGAUGAUGGGUAUAAGCCUCUUUUUAAAGAUGAUUACGGUUCAGCUUCAUCGACUAUUCCUCGUAUUGGGCACGGUCUCAUGUCCCCACCCGAUGUAUCGCUUCGUCUCCAUCUUCUUGCAGCCCAGGUUUCCGAUUCAAUGCACCAAGAAGAAAUGUGCUACGAGUUUUUUGUCCAGGCGUUGGUUGUAUAUGAGGAGUCUGUAUCAGAAUCCAAAGCUCAAGUCAAUGCCAUUACUCAGAUCAUGGGCACACUAUACGGUACAACGGUAUUCGGAUAUGAAAACUACGAAACCUUGAUUACCAAAUGCGCUGUGCACUGUUCAAGACUUUUGAGAAGAGUGGAUCAAUGUCGGGGAGUUGUGCUUCUCAGUCAUUUGUUCUGGGCUGAUGCAGGACAAAAACGAGAAGAAGGCAAGCCUGCUUACAGAGAUGCUAGACGAGUCCUUGAAUGCUUGCAAAAAGCGCUGAAAAUCGCAGAUUCAGUCAUGGACCCAUCUGUCAAUGUCGAACUUUUUGUCGAGAUUCUUGAACGCUACAUAUGGUUUUUCAGCGAUCGCAACGAAGCUGUAAGCGUCAAGUACAUUUCAUCAUUGGUUGAUUUGAUUCAAACCAACCUG